UUCUAAUGCUGCGUUAAAGGGCAAGUCGGAAACUUAAAAACUCAGACAAACCCGGAAUUGUUACUGGUUGAACGCGGCACGCGUAUAACUACAACCAGUUAGCAAGUCGGAGAUUUAAGUGUUUCCUAGUUCCGAAUAGCACGUGAACGCGGCAAAUGUAUAGGCUGCUCUUCGGAAUUAGGUAGGCUAAAAUAACCGCGGUCGUAAUCCUUGUGAAAUGCUAAAUGUUGACCACGAAAAACGCAUUGUUUUUAGGCUAUUUAUUUGUGUGGUUUCAUCUGCGCUGUUGUAUGGCGUAUGAAAGUUUUCGAUAACCGUACCAACUGAAACCUGAUUAUUAUAAAUGAUUAACCCAGUAAUUCUAAAGUUCACCGUUUUACAUCCGUCCGUUUAUGCUCACAACUAUUUGUGUUGCCCGUGAGGUGUGUUAUGAAAGGCGCAAGGAAGGCAUGUUGUGGAGAUCCGUCUCUACAUUCAUUGGCGGGAUCAGCCAACGGCUUCCCUCAUGCGCAAUUCCUUUGCAGUCUGGACGUGGAGGGGUGAACAUCUCCUGCUCUGACUGCAGCUGGGAGGGACUGGUGCGAGAGGACUGGGCCACCUGUGAGUGCUUUGGGACCCCCGGUAGAACCCGCUGCUCGUUGAGAAGAGAGUGUGUGUGUAUCUCUACUGGAUCCCGUCAUGUUGACCCAGCCUGCUCCGGAGCAGGGAGGUGUGUUGCUGAACAGUGGCCUGCACAUGAAGAGCAAGAAGGGUCUGGAGGCCGGGAAAGUGGAAGGCCUGCAGGCCCGGGGCCAGUGGGCCAGCAAGGCAGAGUUCCUGCUGGCUGUGGCGGGACAGAUCAUAGGCCUGGGCAACGUGUGGAGAUUCCCCUACCUGUGCUACAAGAACGGAGGAGGUGUGUUCUUUGUGCCCUACCUGUUGUUUUUGGUUCUGUGUGGUGUUCCUCUCUUCCUGAUGGAGACCUCUCUGGGUCAGUAUACCAGCCUGGGAGGGGUCAGUGCCUGGAGGAGCAUCUGCCCACUGUUCGGAGGUACAAACACACACCACCCCAAGGUCUGGGCUUUGCCAGUCAGGUGAUGAUCCUCCACGGGUGUGUGUAUUACAUUGUGGUCCUGGCCUGGGCUCUCUUCUACCUGGUGCACAGCUUCCAGUCAGAGCUGCCCUGGGCCCACUGCAACAACACCUGGAACACAGAUACCUGUGUGUUGUUUGACUGUCAGAACCUAACCUCUGGGACCGGCCUACCAGAGAACGCUACCUCGCCUGUCAUCGAGUUCUGGGAGCGGGAGGUCCUGCAGCUGUCCAGUGGACCAGAUGAGCUGGGGCCAGUCAGCUGGAGGAUGGCUCUGUGUCUACUGCUAGUCUGGGUCGUCUGCUACUUCUGUGUGUGGAAGGGGGUCAAAUCCACUGGCAAGGUGGUCUACAUUACCACCACGUUCCCCUACUUGAUGCUGGCCAUCCUGCUGGUACGUGGCAUCACCCUGCCUGGAGCUGCCCAGGGCAUCGUCUACUAUCUCAAACCCAACAUCACCCGCCUGGCAGACCCACAGGUAUGGAUGGAUGCGGGGACUCAGAUCUUCUUCUCUUAUGGCAUCUGUCUGGGGAGCCUUACCGCCCUGGGCAGCUACAACAAAUACAACAACGACUGCUAUAAGGACUGUUUAUCCCUGUGCCUGCUGAACAGUGGCACCAGCUUCCUGGCAGGCUUUGCCAUCUUCUCUGUGCUAGGCUUCAUGGCUCAGGAGCAGGGCGUGGACAUUGCAGAUGUGGCCCAGUCAGGCCCUGGGCUGGCCUUUAUAGCUUACCCUCGGGCUGUAGCCAUGAUGCCUCUCCCUCAGCUCUGGGCUGUGUGCUUCUUCCUCAUGAUCAUCAUGCUGGGGCUGGACACACAGUUUGUGAGCCUGGAGGCCCUGAUGACCUCUGUGACUGACCUCUACCCUACGGUGAUCCGGCGGGGUUAUCGACGAGAGCUGCUGCUGCUGAUGGUGUGUGUCGUCUGCUUCCUGGUUGGCCUGGUCAUGGUCACCCCGGGUGGUCUCUAUGUGUUCCAGAUCUAUGACCACUACUCCUGUAGUGGGGCCAGUCUGCUGCUCCUGUCCAUCUUCCAGUCGGUGGCCGUGGGCUGGGUUUACGGGCCUGACAGGUUCAAUGACAACAUUAAGCACAUGAUUGGCUACAGCCCGCUGCCCUUCUUCAAGCUGUGCUGGCGCUAUCUGACGCCAGCCAUGUGCACGGCGACGUUUGUGUUCUCCUUGGUGUGCUGGUCCCCUCUGUCCCUGGGCAAGGGCAUAGUAGCCCCGGGGUGGGCCACAGCUCUGGGAUGGCUCCUCACCCUCUCCUCUGUCUCCCUGCUGCCCCUCUGUGCACUUUACGCCCUUGCCACCACCCCCGGCAGCCUAACACAGCGUUUCCGCCGGCUGUGUCGUCCUGCCCCCGACUCCAAUUUGGCCAUGGACCACCGGACCACCUCUCUCACCUUUGAACCCUGUCUGGCUCUCACCGCCGGAAAUCCAAUGAGCCAAUCGCAGACGUGAUCUAGGGACGUCCACCCUGGGUUUAGCCAAUGAUACGGUUUCUGCGCACCAAUGGGACAGAUCAGAAUCGGGGGUCAUGGGAUGUUUCUAUGGAGAUGGGAAGGCCUCUGCCCCUCUGUUGUGUUCUCACUGGUAAAUGGAGACAGGAUGGUGGUUGAAACUGUGAUGGGCCUGGGAUAUGUCGACCGGACUUAGUGACAUGCCCAUGAAGGAGGGGGAGGGGGAAAUGACCUCAUCAUAAUUUCAGUCAGACUAGUCAAUGGUUUCUGACUGGACUAUUUUGAUCAGACUGUUUGGGUCUGAAAUGGUACCCUAUUCCCUCCCUAUAUAGUACACUAUUACCUUUAACCAGGGCCGCUAGGGCUCUGGUCAAAAGUAGUGCACUAUGUAGGAAAUAUGGUGCCAUUUCAGUCUGUAAUUGGCUGAAACUGUUUACAGAAAAUGAGAAAUCUCAUCUGGGAUUGGAAGUAGUGAAGAAAAUCAUACCGUAAAAGAUAUUUUUCUCCUUUUUGCUACUUAUUGUGUUGAAUCAUGAAUCGAGUAAAGUGAAUGCAGUACCAUGUUGAAAACAUAAGUAAUAAUCAGAGAGACACUAUACACUGAGUGUACGAAACGUUAGGAACACCUGCUCUUUCCAUGACACAGACUGACCAGGUGAAUCCAGGUGAACGCUAUUCUCCCUUAUUGAUGUCA